GCGGGGCUUAGAGGAACAUUCCGUCUGGUUCUAGCAGUCAGACUCAGCUAGCUCGCUCCGCCGGCUGCUCUGUUCUGUGUAGGUAGCACUAGCUAUAUCUCCACAAAUACGGCAGUAAACAAAGCCUUUUUCUUUGCGUUGGACGACGUUAAUAUGGAUAUCAGAUGAUCCGAAAAGUUCUGUGACCAUUUUUAUUCCAUACCGAGCUAUCUUUGAGAUUUCAGUAGAUUCGAGAGCAUUGGACUAUCAGAACAUCAACCAUGGUGCAGCAAUACCAGUCACCCGUGAGAGUCUAUAAACACCCGUUUGAGCUGAUCAUGGCAGCAUACGUCAGACGGUUUCCUCACUGCCACCUGGUCCCCGUGUUUGUGGACAGUGAGGUCAUCAGCGAACGCCACAGCGAGGACGGCGUUACCACGGUUACGGAGAGACGCUGCAAAGUGGAGGCGGACGCCCCUCGCCUGUUCAAGAGGAUGGCAGGGCUGGACUACCUGUACUUCCUCCAGAAGAACACACUGAACCGUCUAGAGAGAAGCCUUCACAUAGAGGUCACCAACGAGACCUUCUCCAGCAGGGUCAUGGUCCACGAGAUCUGCAACUACACGGUGCACCCAGAGAACGAGGACUGGACCUGCUUUGAGCAGAUCGCCAGUCUGGACAUCAAGUCCUUCUUCGGCUUUGAGAACGCCGCGGAGAAGUUAGCCAUGAAGCAGUACGCCAGCAAUAUUAAAAAGGGUAAAGAGAUCAUAGAGUACUUCCUAAGAGAGCUGGAGGAGGAGGGGGUGACCUCCAUCCCUCGCUGGGCCCCCCCCGCACCUCCUCCAGCCGCCAGGCUCCAUCCGCCCCCCGUCUCGGCCCCACCCGUCCACGCGGCCCCCCCCAGGGACGCCCAGACAGACCCCCCCGCAGCGCCCCCAGAUGACAAGUUGGACGCGGAUUACAUCCGGCGUUACCUAGGCGACCUGACACCUCUGCAGGAGAGCUGUCUGAUCAGACUGCGUCUGUGGCUGCAGGAAACACACAAGGACAAGAUCCCUAAGGACCAGCAUGUUCUGCGGUUCCUGCGGGCUAGGGACUUCAGCCUGGAGAAGGCCAGGGAGUUGCUGUGCCAGUCGCUCACCUGGAGGAAGCAGCAUCAGGUGGACUUCCUGUUAGACUCCUGGGAGCGCCCGCAGGUCCUGCACGACUACUACACUGGAGGCUGGCACCACCACGACAAGGAUGGACGUCCUCUAUACAUCUUAAGACUGGGCCACAUGGACACCAAGGGUCUGGUGAGAGCACUGGGGGAGGAGUCUCUUCUGAGACAGGUCCUGUCUAUCAAUGAGGAGGGCCUCAGGAGAUGUGAAGAAAACACCAGAGUGUUCGGGCGACCAAUCAGCUGCUGGACGUGUCUGGUGGACCUGGAGGGCCUGAACAUGCGUCACUUGUGGAGGCCGGGGGUCCGAGCCCUGCUGAGGAUCAUCGAGGUGGUGGAGGCCAACUACCCAGAGACCCUGGGGAGACUGCUCAUCCUGAGGGCCCCCCGGGUGUUCCCUGUGCUCUGGACCCUGGUGAGCCCCUUCAUCGAUGAGAACACCCGCAGGAAGUUCCUGAUCUACGCAGGAAAUGACUACCAGGGCCCUGGAGGCCUGGUGGACUACAUCGACAUGGAGAUCAUACCUGACUUCCUGGGCGGGGACUGCAUGUGUGAGAUCCCAGAGGGGGGCAUGGUGCCCAGGUCUCUGUACCGUACAGCAGAGGAGCUGGAGAGUGAGGAACUGCGGCUGUGGAACGACACAAUCUACAAGAGUGCCAGCAUCUUCAAGGGAGCCCCACACGAGAUCCUGAUAGAGAUCAGUGAAGCGUCCUCGGUCAUCACCUGGGACUUUGACGUGUGUAAAGGCGACGUGGGGUUCCACCUGUACCACUCCAGACGGGCCCCCGCCCCGCUGGCAGUGCCCAGGAGAGAGGCCCUCACCCUGGGGGCCCACGCCAUCACCUCCCCCGGAGCCAACAACGCCCAGCUGAUCGAGCGCUCCUGGGUGCUGGGGCGGGACUACAGCAUGGUGCAAACGGCCCUCACCUGCAAGGAGGGGGAGAGUGUACAGGGCUCCCAUGUGACCCGCUGGCCCGGGUCCUACAUCCUGCAGUGGCGUUUCCAUAGCGCCCCGGCCUGCUCCGCCUCCAGCCUGCCUCGCGUGGACGACGUCCUGGCCUCCCUCCAGGUCUCCUCCCACAAGUGCAAGGUCAUGUUCUACACGGAGGUGCUCGGGUCACAUGACUUCAGGGGCUCUAUGACCAGUCUGGAGUCCAGCCACAGUGGCUUCUCCCUCCUCAGCGCUGCCACCACCUCCUCUGGCCAAUCACAGUCCAGCUCCACAAUCUCCAGGUAGCAUCCAGCCAAUGGGAGCGCCAGGAAUUUGGAACAGCCAAUAGGAUCUGAACAGUGGUGUUUUAUGAAAGAUGGACUUAACCAAUUGGUGCCUUAGAAUCUAGAAUCUGCCAAAGUUGACCUCACCCCUCUGAUGUGGUUGAAAUUAGGAUUAUUGUAACUGGAGCAGCCUGUUUCAACACUCUAGACAGGUAUCCUUCCUGAAAUUAAUAAUACUGUAACAUAUAUAAAUAUAUAUAUAUAUAUAUAUAUAUAGAAUAAUAUUAAAGAUUAGUAAUAGGAUAUGAUUGUGUUGGAGACUUUAAUCUAUCCGUUCAUGCUAGAGCACAUCUUACCUCAAGGAAGGAGGGUCUUUAGAGUAUUGAAAUGAGGCCCAACCAGAGAGUUAUUAUCCUCACUGCCAUACAGGGAAUACUUAAUAUAUGGUCAUCUCUCGAUAUUUGCAUAGAAGCACUUGGAAGAUCUUCCUGUUCCUGUGCUGAUGAAAAUAAAUAAAUUUUGCUAGUUCAGUUUAGAAAGUCAUGAUAUUAAAAUAUUAUAUGUAUUCCUUAUUUAGAUGUGUAACUAUCAGUAAAGAGCUGCAUUAAAGUUGAGCCUGGGUGGAAAUAAUUUAUGUUCAGUGAGCAUCUGUUGUAAGUAAAAUAAAACCUGAAC